AUGGAGCCAAACUUGACUACAAAUGACACACAGUACGAAGCGUUGCAAGAGGGGCGACCGUGCUUCAUCUCUGAAUUUCCACGUUCUGUCCAAUCCCAAUUUAGUUAUUAUUCUAGCUUGGUGCUUACCCCUGCCACAACCAUAUUAGGUCUGUGGUGUUUCCUGUCAAACGGGUUGGUCCUGGUCACAAUUCUGAGGGGUGGACUUCGAUUCCGCCCGGGGUUUCUGUAUCUUUGCAGCUUGACGUUGACUGACGUUCUGUGGGGUGGGGUAGUAACACCGUUGUACAUUAGAUUCAGAAUCGAGGAGCUGAUCGCCGGUGAAGCGUGUUUCAAUCGCAGUGAUUGGGACUCGCCUGUUAUGGUGGUUUCUUUCUUUUUAUGCCUGUUUGCUAUGGUGGGAACCCUUGGAGUCAUGAGUGUGGAUAGAUACUUAGCCGUCAUUAAACCAUGGUGGUACAAAGCUGCCAUGAAGAUGCAGUACGCCAUUACUGCUUCUUCUACGGUGUGGGUGACGUCCAUUUUUUUAGUUGUUCUGAGGCAGGUAAAGUUGUUUCCUAGGAGGGCUGUUGAGACAUUUGAAGGCGGAUACAUCAUUUGCUUCUCCACGAUUGUAAUUGCCAUCCAGUUGUGUACUCUGGCUGCUCUCCGCAAGCACAACAAUGCCGUUGCACAGAAAAUGGAAGAAAGCUCUCGGGUGAAUCCAAAUUUAGCUUCUCAAGAAAUCGAACGGCAGUUGGCGGCGACUACUCGUCACGUGGUUAGUCUUCUGGGGUUAUGCAUCAUACCUAUUGCCAUUUUAGUGGGUUUAUCAAACGUACUUCAAAGGGAAUUCAUUCUAUUUGUAGAGCCCUUUUACUUUCCAGUGGCGAGUCUUUGUUCGAGUAUGAAUCCUGUGCUGUACUACAAAGGAAAUUCAGUCAUAAGAGAGGGAAUCAAAAAACUCGUUAAUUGUCACAGUCUUAAGUGUUUUGAUUCGCAGAACGAGUAA